AAGGAAGGCCAAUGAUCGCCGCUAUUUCGACGCGCAAUGGAAGCCACGUGGCCGUCAGUGCCCCAGCUGAUUCCUUGAGGGGCGUUGCUUUCAAUCCCARYAGGACACAGCUCUUCUCCGCAGACAGCUAUSUUCCCUGUCGGAUCCUUUCCACGGCCGUAGGAGAGUCCGGGCUUCCCAUCGACAGCCAAGAAUGGAAGACGGUCSGACGAUUCACCGGUAGCGGAGCGCKGAAUAUCUCURAUGUARKAGUUGGGAGACAAACGCUCGUUGCAGACGGGACCUGUUUCUACUUCUUUGAUCGAGACAAUUCGCGGGUGUGGGGGAUCGAUCCCUCGUCCUCGACCUCACCAACCGCUGCCACUCUCAUCGCUGGAUCUGGCAAUAAAGCAUAUGCGGACGGGGAUGGACUUGGUUCGUCGUUCGAGUGGCUGGGCGAGAUCGUGGCCACUGCGGACGGAUGCAAUAUCUUUGCCACUGAUUUCCCUAACGGUCGCUUACGCUGGCUGAAGCUCGAUUCCCCAUGCAGCACGGCGCGCAGUGUGGAGACUGUGUCGAGAACGCCGAGAAGCGUUACUCAAUUCUUGCGGGGACUGGCUCUUCAUGAACAGGCCGGCGAGAUGCUCUUGUACGUUGGAACCAGCGAUGGCUCCUUGUUCGAGCUCAAACUUGACCGCUCUAAUCUGCAUGCUUGUGCAUCCCCACCACCCAGCAUGCCCGCAGAUCAUUUUCCUCCUGUCCCCGAUUCAUCCGACACGUGGAUUGCUUCUUCGUCUUCUUCUUCUCCGUCUUCUUCCGCAGACAGGACUCCCUCUUCCGCUAAACAAGAGCCCCAAACGCGCUCUUCUUCUUCCUCGCACUCCGCCAAUCUUGGUGUGAUUGUCGGGGUGCCGCUCGUAUCACUGGCACUAAUUUGCGCURUUGCCUGCGUGGCUGUCCUCUGUUGGARAGGCCGCCAGCCRGGCGGGGUCAUCGGACGGUGGAGAUCUCCGUCUCCAKUGAUUACCGCGGGUGCAUCUAGCACAACGAGGACGACUUGCKYGCCGUCUGGGUAUGAAGGCCUUGAAAUGGAGGGAGAGGKGCCUCGGCCUAUGGAGAUGAAGAGGUUCUCGCUCACACUGCUCUCGCACUGCACCGAUGGGUUUAGCAAGAGCUAUCGUAUCGGGGACAGCGGGGCAUUCGGUGACGUUUACUGGGGUUCGAUAGGCGAGCAACAGGUGGCAAUCAAGCUGAUGUCCGGGGAGCUUACUCCCGCCAAGCGCAGUAUGUUCGUCGCGGAGGUAAACACUCUGAGCAGACUCCAUCACGCCAACCUCAUCCGAUUGCUUGGGUACUGCGACGAGGGGCCGCGAUCCAUCUUGGUGUACCCCUACUUUCCAGGUGGCAGUCUGUACGGUCGCCUUCACCGUAGGAAGAAAGCUGUUCCUGGUAAACCCGYUSUCCCGCCUCUGACGCUGGUCGAGCGGAUUUSCAUCGCCUUGCAGAUCGCCAAGGGGCUAGCCUACCUUCACGACGGUGCCGACCCACCGAUCAUCCAUCGGGACAUCAAGAGCAGCAACGUGCUKCUCGGCGAUGACUCCGGGGAGRGGCUGCAUGUGGURGUAGCGGAUUUCGGUCUGGCAAGGAUCGGCGAGAGGGUGUUCGGGACGGAACACGAGACAAUAGUGAAGACCUCGCACAUGUCAGGAACGUUCGGGUACAUGGCGCCGGAGUACAUGCUGUUGGGGGCCUUGACGGCGAAGACGGACGUUUACGCUUUCGGCGUGAUCGCACUGGAGCUGCUCACGGGAAGGAAGGCCGUGACAAGGGCACCGGCUGGCGAGGGUAUGCUGACGCUUGUGGACUGGGCGAAGCCUCUUCUAGGCAGCUGCCAUAGGGGUAAAUCAGGGGUUCUGCGGGACGAGAUUCUGGAACCUUGCUUGCUGGAUCAGGCGGCGGGAUUGCCGUUCCGUAACAUCGUGACUGAGAUAUUGUGGUUGGUGGGGGAAUGCGUAGCGGAGGACUACAGGUCUAGGCCAACCAUGAGCUCAUUAGCCAGCACGAUUGCCGGCCUACUCAAUGAAGCCAACAUCGGCUUGUGACUUCAGAGAUGAUGAUGCUGGGAUGUCGACCGGGGGGGCGAAACGGCGGAUUGAAAUUGAGGCAUCAACCUUCAAUCGUUGCUGAAAGCUGAACAGACUGAUGUACGACGAGACAGUCACGUUUCUUGUUGAUAUCGAAAAAAGAUGGGAGGGAUUAGAACUCGCGGCGGGGACAGAAUGAUCAACACGAUGAAUGAUGAAUGGAUGGAGUUCAAGUCGAUGGAUUGCUGAGUGGGUGGAAAAACACACUCGGAGGUAUGGCGGAUCCUCGUUAACCAWGUGGGGUAGGAAGGAGGAAGACAAGAGAGAGCGGUGGGGCUGAAGCGGAUGGGUUGUGGAAGACAGCUGGCAGAUUGUGGAGGACCCGUUAUGUCGGGAGGAGAGCUGCAAGGAAUUGAGGGCGGAUAAUAGGUUGCCGCGGGGCAAUGCGCAGCCUGAUGGGCAGUUUACCUCUUUUCUUUUGUAAGAUGGGUUUCCGUAUAAAUUAAUUUAAGA